GCGCACUCAGCCACCUUCCGUUUCUUGGAGCGCCCAAUUUCCCCGCAGACCUCGGGGCGGGGCCAAGUGCGGGGAGAAGUCACCCUCUCAGUAUCCGCUCGCUGAGGCCGUUGUCGCCACCGCCUCCAGUCUGCAACAGUCAUGUUGCCCAACACGGGGAAGCUAGCAGGAUGUACUGUCUUCAUCACAGGCGCGAGCCGUGGCAUUGGCAAAGCUAUUGCUUUGAAAGCAGCAAAGGAUGGAGCAAAUAUAGUCAUUGCUGCAAAGACUGCCCAGGCACACCCCAAACUUGCAGGCACAAUCUAUACUGCUGCUGAAGAAAUCAAAGCAGCUGGAGGAAAGGCCUUGCCAUGUGUUGUUGAUGUGAGAGAUGAACAACAAAUCAGCAGUGCAGUGGAGAAAGCAGUUGAGAAAUUUGGAGGAAUUGAUAUUCUGGUGAAUAAUGCCAGUGCUAUUAGCUUGACCAACACAUUGGAAACACCUACAAAGAAAGUGGAUUUGAUGAUGAACAUCAACACCAGAGGCACCUAUCUUACAUCUAAAGCAUGCAUUCCUUAUUUGAAAAAGAGUAAAAUUGCUCAUAUCCUCAAUCUCAGCCCACCGCUGAACCUAAAUCCACUGUGGUUCAAACAGCACUGUGCUUACACCAUUGCUAAGUAUGGUAUGUCUAUGUGUGUUCUUGGAAUGGCAGAAGAAUUUAAAGGUGAAAUUGCAGUCAAUGCAUUGUGGCCUAAAACAGCCAUAUACACUGCUGCUAUGGAUAUGCUGGGAGGAUCUGGUAUUGAAAGCCAAUGUAGAAAAGUUGAUAUCAUGGCAGAUGCUGCAUAUUGCAUUUUCAAAAAGCCAAAAAGUUUUACUGGCAACUUUAUUAUUGAUGAAAAUAUCUUAAAAGAAGAAGGAAUAAAAAAUUUUGAUGUCUAUGCCGUUACACCAGGCCAUCCUUUGUUACCAGAUUUCUUCCUGGAUGAACAGCCAGUUACAGUUACCAAGGAACCAGCAACACAUGGUGCUCUUCCAGAAUUGAAAGAAAAGGAGGCGCAGCCACCACCAAAACCACGUUCUGGAGCUGUGGAAGGGACAUUUAGAAUUGUUAAGGACUCUCUCAGUGAUGAUAUUGUUAAAGCCACUCAAGCAAUCUAUCAGUUUGAACUCUCAGGUGAAGAUGGUGGAACAUGGUUUCUUGAUCUUAAAAGCAAGGGUGGCAAUGUCGGACAUGGAGAGCCCUCUGAUCGGGCAGAUGUGGUGAUGAGUAUGUCUACUGAUGAUUUUGUAAAAAUGUUUUCAGGGAAACUAAAACCAACAAUAGCAUUCAUGUCAGGAAGAUUGAAGAUUAAAGGAAACAUGGCCCUAGCAAUCAAAUUGGAGAAGCUAAUGAAUCAGAUGAAUGCCAGGCUGUGAAGAGAAAAAAAAUGUUGACCGCUAAGCUCAAAAAGUAAAAGGGUUCAAUAGUUAAAAUUGAAUGUUUGUUUUCAUCCCUAUUAUAAGGAUAUACAUGUUUGUUCUGGAAAAAAUAGAAUUUCUGUAUCUAUAAGACUUGAAAUUGUAAUUAAAACAGCUAGCCAACCAAACAUAAGCAUCAUUAAGUAGAAUUCUAAGAUAUUCUAUUUUUCUUAUUUUGUGAGUUUUGCCCUCUGAGUCCUGUAUCUCAUACACCAUCAUCUUCUGGGAAAAGUAUUAUUAGUAAUCAAUUGGGGUCAAGCAGCAACAUUACUUUUUUCAUAUCUUUUUCCCACGUAAAAUGAGACUAGUAUGUUUUAAACUUUUCAGUUUAGGAUUGUAUACUAAUGAUAUUUUAGAGUUUUAUAAACUUGUUUUAAAGAAAAUCUUCUAUAUUACAUUUUCAUAGAAAUCACAUAAUAAACUACUUAAUAAAUACUAUUUGUGAAGACAAAUUAAACAAAAAGUAUAUUUUGUUAACUACCUUUCUAAGUGUAAGGUAUUUUACCUAUAGGAAAAUACUAUUGAUGUAAUUCAACUAACUGCAGUAUAUAUAUCCUAUUUUAAAGUAUGUAAAAAUAUCCUAAGAUAAUUCCUCCCCAGAAGUGUGCACUUGGUCACAGUGUUUUGAAAUGAGAACAUUAGAAUAGAUGGUUGUUAUGGGCUGAAUGGUAUGCCCCCUUCAUAUGUUGAAGUCCUAACCCCAAGAAUCUCAGAAUUGAUUGUAUUUGGAGAUAAGAUCUUUAAAGAGGUGAGUAAAACCCAGGCUUUUAGGGUAGGGUGGGCCAUAAUCCAGUCUGACUGGUGUCCUUAUAAGAGGAAAUUUGGACACAAAAGAGAGUCCAAGGAGGCACACACAGAGGAAUGACCAUGUGAGGACCAGCAAGAAGGCAGUCAUUUGCAAGCCAAGGAAAGAGGCCUCAGAAGAAACCAAACCUAAUGACACCUUGAUCUCAGACUAGUCUCUAGAAUUGUAAGAAAUUUCUGUUGCUUUAGCCACUCAGUCUGUGGUAUUUUGUUAUUGUAGUCCUAGUAAACUAAUGCAAUAGUUUGUUUGUAUUUCUGUUACGAACACAAGUUCCUAUGCAGUACACACAGUGAGGCCAAACUGAAACAUUGGAGUUUGUAGCAGAGAAAGGUUUAUUACAGGGCCAAGCAAGGAGAAUGGGUGGAUUGUGCUCAAAAAACCCAAACUCCCCAAUGGUUUUCAGGGAGAAGUUUUUAUAGGCAGAAUUUGGGGUGAGCGCUGUGUGACUGUCUCCUGAUUGGUUGGUGGUGAGGUAACAGAGAGGUGUUUCAGAAAUCUUGUGCUCAGCCUGAAGUUACCAUCCUCCACCUGGGUGGGGGCGUUAGUUCUUACAGAAGAAUGCAAAGAUAUUGUUAUAUAUAUUCCUUGAGGAGGAGGAACCAGGACCCUGCCCCAAGGCUGCACUAUUGUUUCUUGACUGCUCCUCCCCUGUUUCUGCAUUCCCUCCCUUCCCUGAUUAGCAACUGUUUGAAUCUGCCCUUUGUAACUCAGUGAAGGUCAAGGAGGCUGAAUGAAGCCCAUUUCCUACAAACAAGAAAUAGGGGAUACAGAAAGGCUUUGUACCUAGGAUGGCCCCACAGGGUCCUUCUCUGUUUCAUUUCUUUUUUUAAAAAAGUUAAACUUAUUUUUUUUAAGCUCCUAUCUUUCCUUUUAAUCAGUUAAAAAUACUUGUUCAGUGUAAUUCUUUCACUUCUCACCUUCCACUCACUUUAAUAUUAUUGUGCUGUUAAGCAACUUAGCUAAUUCUGACAUUUUGUAGAAUCAUAACAUUAGGAGCACUUAAUCUGUAUUUUACAAAUCAGGAAACAGAGGAUCAGAGAUAGGAAAGGACUAGCCCAAGGUCAAAAUUAACAAGCCCUUUCCAACAACCUCCCAGUACAUUGGCCUUGGAUAGAACUUGAAGACCCCACUUCCCCCUCCUUGAAGCCCAGAUAGAUUGACUUUGAUAUGGCAGGCUCACAACUCCCUUGGCAUCUCCUGUUCAUUUCCAGCCACAUUAGGAUCCCUGUCAGAUGUUGCCAGCAGACUCCUUUUCUACUGAAAUUUUCUAAAGACUUUUCUUCUUUCUCUGCAUUUUCCACAUGGCUUCAAAGCUUUGGGAAAAUAAAAACUAGAAAAUAUUGUGAGGCAGGAAUUCUGGAGUUUGGUUACUAAAACAUGAACUUGCUAAUUAAAAGGCCUUAGGAUAUCAGAAGAAAAUCUUUCCACAGGGCCCUGGUUUUCAUAUCAGUAAUUGAGGGAGUUGGAUGAGGUCCUCUGCAGCCUGUUUUCGCUUAUUAUCACUAAGAAGUAGUGAGCAGUCUGUACUAUUUUAUCAGAAAUAAAGGUACCACAGCUACAUUGCUAAAGCUUUCUCUCUUGCCACAUCCCCCAGCUGCCUUAAUGAAUUCAUGUGUUCCCUUCUCUUGGAUCUUGCCCAUUAACUGCACUGAGGUUGUAGAGUCUCCCAGAAGUUUUGAAUGGCCAUUUUGUGUGUGGUUCAGUAUCCAUUUGACCCCUGUUUCUGAAAUAGAAUGGUAUGGAGGGAAACCAUGCCAUUUGGCUUUUUAGUGUUUGAUGAAGUUAUUCAGACAUUUUAAAGAUGGUUUGUUGCUAGUAAUCCUAUAUUUUAACAAAUCCUCUUAAAUAGUGCCUUUUUUUUCUUUUUUCUUUUUUUGGCUGUGCCACACGGCUUGUGGGAUCUUAGUUCCCCGAGCAGGGAUCGAACCUGGCCCCAACAGUGAAUGUGCCAAGUCCUAACCACUGGACCACCAGGGAAUUCCCUUAAAUAGUGCCUCUUAAAUAAUCCUCUUAAGUAGAAGAAAAGAAGUCUUUUUCCUCUACCUAUCUUAAGUUUUCAGUUGGGGUCCUGUAAAUUAGACUAACAAAAGAUAGAUUAGCAAGAGAAAAAUAGAAGUAUUAACAUAUGCAUUGCACAUAAACAUGGAAGCAUUCAGACAUGAGUAACUCAAAGAUGUGGUUAGAACUUGAGCUUAUACAACAAUGAACAAUAAAUUUUUUUGUGAAGGAACAAGACAAAGAGGACUUUCAGUUUCUAGGAUAGGAAACUGUAGGAAGGAAAAUAUACGUACAGUAAGAGUGAGUUUUGUAAGAAACUGCCAAAUAGAAAAAAAACUGUCAAAAAAAAAAAAAGCUGCCAAAUAGUCUUCCAAAGUGGCUGUACCAUUUUGCAUUCCCACCAGCAGCAUGUUCCUGUUGCUCCACAUCCUUGUCAGCACUUGGUAUUGCCAGGUUUUUGGAUUUUAGUCAUUCUAACAGGUGUGUGGUAGUAUCUCAUUGUUGCUUUAAUUUGCCAUUCCCUCGUGACAUAUGAUGUUGAACAUCUUUUCAUAUGCUUACUUUCCUCUAUAUCUUCUUUGGUGAGAUGUCUGUUGAGGUCUUUGGCCCAUUUUUAAAUCAGGUUGUUUUCUUAUUGUUGCAUUUUAAGAGUUCUUUGUAUAUUUUGGAUAACAAUCCUUUAUCAGAUGUGUCUUUCGUAAAUAUUUUUUCCCAAUCUGUGACUUGCUUUCUCAUUCUCUUGACAUUGUCUUUUGCGGAGCAGAAGUUUUUCAUUUUAAUGAAGCCCUGCUUAUCAGUCAUUUCUUUCAUGGAUCAUGCCUUUGGAGUUGUAUCUAAAAAGUCAUUGCCAUACCCAAGGUCAUCUAGGUUUUCUCCUAUGAUAUUUUCUAGGGAGUUUUAGUUUUGCAUUUGACAUUUAGAUCUGUAAUCCAUUUUGAGUAAUUUUUGUGAAAGGUGUAAAGCCUUUGUUUAUUUAUUAUUUUGCAUGUGUAUAUCCAGUUGUUCCAGCACCAUUUGUUGAAAAGACUAUCUUUGCUCCUUUGUCAAAGGUCAGUUGACUAUAUUCAUGUGGGUAUAUUUCUAGGCUCUCUAUUCUCCUACAUUGAUCUAUUUAUCCUUUCACUAAUACCACGCUAUGUGGUUACUUUAGCUUUAUAGUAAGUCUUGAAGUCAGGUAAUGUCAAUCUUAACUUUGAUCUUCAAUAUUGAGUUGGCUAUUCUGGUUCUUUCGCCUCUCCAUAUAACUUUAGAAUAAGUUUUUUCAUAUUCACAAAAUAACUUGCUGGGAUUUUGAUUGGCUUUGAGUUGAAUCUAUAUAUCAACUUGGGAUAAACUGAUGUUUUGACAGUAUUGAGUCUUCCUAUCCAUGAACAUGAAAUAUCUCUUCAUUUAUUGUUAUUCUUUGAUAUCUUUCAUCACAGUUUGGUAGGUCUUCUUAUAUAGAUCUUGCACAUAGUUUGUUAGAUUUGUAUCUGAAUAUUUAAAUUUUUUGAGUGCUAAUAUAAAUGAUAAUGUUUUACAUUUCAAAUUUCACUUCAUUACUGGUAUAUAGGAAUGUGAUUGACUUUUGUAUAUUAACCUUGUAUUUUACAACCUUGCUAUAAUAAUUUAUUAGUUCCCAGAAGUUUCUUUGGUAAUUUUUAUAGCUUUUCUAUAUAGACAGUUAUGUCAUCUGUGAACAGAGAGUUUUAUUUCUUCCUUCCCAACUUGUAUACCUUUUAUUUCCUUUUAAGUUAUUGCAUUAGCUAGCACUUCCAAUAUGAUGUUGAAAAGCAGUAGUGAGAGGGGACAUCCUUGCCUUAUUCAUGAUCUUAAUGGGAAAGCUUCUAGUUUCUCACCAUUAAGUGUGAUGUUAGUUGUAGGUUUUUUGUAGAUAUUCUUUAUCAAAUUGAGGAAGUUCCCCUCUAUUCCUAGCUUACUGAAAUAUUUUAUUAUGAGUGGGUGUUGGACUUUGUCAAAUGCUUUUUCUGCAUCUAUUUGUAUAAUCAUGUGAUUUUUCUCUUUCAGCCUGUUGAUGUGGUAGAUUACGUUAAUGGACUUUUGAAAGUUGAACCAUCCUUGCAAACCUAGGAUAAAUCCCACUUGGUUGUUUUUAUGGCCUAUAUGUUCUUAUGCCCACAAAUUUCAUAUAUUGAAAUCCUAACCCCCCAAGGAGCCUUUGGGAGGUGAUUAGAUCAUGAGGGUGGGGCCCUUAUGACUGGGAUUAAUGCCCUUAUAAAAGAGACCUCAGAGAGAGUUAGCUGGUCCCUUUCACCAAGCGAGGACAUGGCAAAAAGGUGCCACCAGUGAAUCAGAGCUCAGGCCCUCACCAUACACCAGAUCUGCCUGUGCCUUGGUCUUGGACUUCCCAGCCUCCAGAACUGUGCAAAAUAACUUUCUGUUGUUUUUAAACCACCUAGUCUCUUUUUGUUAUAGCAGGCUGAACAGGCUAAGAAAACUGUGCUAUGUAAGUCUUUUUAUAUGUUGUUGGAUUCAAUUUGCUAAUAUUGUGUUGAGGAUUUUUGCAUCUAAGUUCAUGAGAGAUGUUGGUGUGUAGUUUUCUUGAAAUGUCUUUCUUUGGUUUUGGUACUAGGGUAAUGCUGGUUUCACAGGAUGAAUUAGGAAUAUUUUCUGUUUCUGUCUUCUGAAGGGGACUGUAGAGAACUGGUAUAAUUUUCUUCCUUAAAUGUUUGUUAGAAUUCAUCAGUGAACCCAUCUUGACCUGGUGCUUUCUGUUUUGGGAAGUUAUUAAUUACCAUUUGCUUUAUUCCAUCUGUUCUGUAUAUCUUUGUUCUUCUUUUCUGGUCUUCUAUUUCUUUCUGUCUUCCUUGAAAGAAUCUCACAAAAUAUUUCCAUUUCCCAUUCCCAUCCUUUGUACUACUUUGUCAUACAUUUUAUUUCCACAUAUGUUUUAAACUCUACAGUAUAUUGUUUAAUAUUUUUGAUAACAGUGAAUUAUCCUUUUAAAGAUUAAAAAAAUGAGAAAAAAGUCUUUAAAUUUACCUAUAUGUUUACUCUUUGCACUGUCAACCUGUCCAUCACCAACUAUCCAAACACAUGAACAUAUCCAAGUUUCCUUCUGCCCCUUUGUAGCCAUUUAUGCCCAUCCUUGAUCCCAUUUCCAGCAAGUACUGAUCUGCUUUCUAUAACUAUAGAUUAGUUUACAUUUUCCUGGAAUUUACAUUAAUGGAGCCAUACAGUAUGUAUUUUCUGUUUGGCUUCUUUCAAUCUGCGUAAUUACUUUGAAAUUUGUUCUUAUCAUUACAUAUAUCAAUAGUUCAUUCCUUUUUAUUACUGCUGAGCAGUUUGCCAUUAUAUGAAUACACCACAGUUUGUUUAUCCAUUCACCUGUUGAUAGACAUUGGGGUAGUUUCCAGCUUUUGGCUAUUACAAAUAAAGCUUCUGUGAACAUUCA